CUGCCGUGUCAAUUUGGGCUCACUCGCCUGCUGUUCCCUUGCUCCAGUCCCCACAUUUGCAAGAGGUCCACCAACAUUUGUUACUAUCGUACCUUCAAGUGAACAACUGACCUAUUGCGCUUGGACCACGAUAUGAUACCGUAACAAGCAGCCACUCUUGCCUGUCCUCAUAGCUCAGCCCAAACCACUCGAGGGAUCACAGCGCGAGCUUCAUCUGCUUCUACUCUCACACACACACACACACUCUCUCUCUCACUUCCCAGUCCGCCUCAUUGCAUGGUCAUAUGCUUCGCGAUACAGCACAGCCACAGAUCUCCAGAAUGGCAUUCAAUAUCCUACCGAUUGAGUUGAAUCAAGGGAUUGCCUCCUUCAUUGCAGACGAUAGAGACCUUUGCGCCUUCCGAUCGAUCUGUUCUGCAACCCGCAAUGCCAUAGAUGGCGAUAAGUUCUCGUUUUGGCGAUCUAGAUUCAGAGAGCAUUUCGAUCUAGUGAAAGGCGUCGAAGCGGAGAAGCUGAGGAGGAGAUAUCAGCACCGGAUGAGACACAUGCGCCAUAACGAUACUACCAGAUUCUCGAAAGGAUCUGAAAGACAGAGCAAGUCUCUGCUCAACAUUGUCAAAGAUCUGAUUCUAGAAUCCUUCAAUGGCGACUCAAAGGAUGUUCAUGGACGACCCAUGAGCAAAAAUCUCCAGCACUUACAGAGACUCGCUCUCCAUGGUGACAUCGUCAAAAUGUUUCGUCCUGCCUCAAAGCACCUUCCCAUGGACGAGGUGCGUGAGUCGCCUCUCCUGGAAGUACUUCAACUAGUGCUGAGCCACUUGAGUCUGAACUUUCAGAUGGACGCACCGGAGGUGCACUGCUUCGAAGCGUCGCAGAAAAUGACUUACGCUUCCGUAGAGGCUGAGCCAAUCUUCAAGGCAAGUGGUGCAGUGAACUAUACUUGGCUUCGACACACAGUGAACUUCUUUAAGUAUCAUUUCACGCAGUGUGCGGACCGUAACAGCUUGCUACCUCACUUCUUGGCUGACCUCAAUGAAGAUGAGCUUCCUUCAGCUUGGACUGAUAAGCUUGUGGAUGAAGUGGUCGCACUUGACAGGUUUUGGAAGGGAACAUAUGCCUACCAGGAUAUGUCUGAUCUCAGAGAGAUGCGAGCAAGUGACGACGGGCUGCAAGGCCAAUCUGAUGGCCACCUCGCGGAUGAAGAUAUGAAAGACCCUAUCCAGACUUUAGCACUUGACUUCGCUCAAGCUGGAGAUCGCGACCUCUUCUGGCCAAUAGCCUUUGAAGAUCAUCUGAAUGCAGCUUUUCAGACUAAGCGUCAGAAAAGCAGGCGUGCUCAGCUGCGCUCAAAUGGCUCCAGAUCUGUUCCAAGCAUCAAUGGCUUGUAUUUCCAAGGACGUGGAACAGACGAUGAAGAGUUCCUAUCGGCAGGCUGGUUGAAUCAACUUCCUACUCAGCAAGGCAUUCCUGGCUGGAAGCGCAUGACGAUGAUGAAGUAUUAUCGCUGCGAAGAUACGGGUGCAGUCGACGUCGACGCUCUCUGGGCCUACGAAGGCAUUGUUCUACCAGGCAACAAGAUCAUCUUGGGUCGUUGGUGGGCUCCUGGUUCAGAUCUGGAUGGGCAGUCUUACUCUGGUCCUUUCAUUCUGUGGAAUGUUGCUCCACCCAAAUCCGAGAGAGCAGAUUCUGUGAUGGAAGGUUAAUCGAGAGAUAGAUUCGCUGCCUCCGUCCAAAGAUCCGCCGCCCUUAGCCACGACGCCAGCAUUGCCAUUAGGUCUCACGAUGUACAAA